GUGAUUCAGAGCCGAGUAUACGCAUUCUCUCACUCUCCUCCCUCCUGCCUUGUUUCACCUCUCCCUCUCUCUUCCAUUCAGUAUCACUCUGAGUCUCCUGCACUUUUCAGCACCACCUGGAUUCUCCUCUCCCUUCCUAAGAUGCAACUGUGCACCCAAUAUCUGCCCUGACACCUGUGCCCUUACCUGCACACGCUGACAUUUGCCUCACCCUUUGCCACCAGGCUGGCAUCUUCAGCUGCCAGGACCCGGGCUCAGUGCAGCUGCCAUGCCUUUUGGAUGCAUCAGUGUCCGCAACGAGAAAACCUACAACUGCUUCUCCGACAUCACAGACAAAUAUGAGAUUGGCCAGCUUCUCUGUGCGAAAGAGUUCUGCGAAAUCUGCAUGGCCCGGGAGAUGCAGACAGAUCGUGUCUAUGUCUGUAAAAAGUUUCUGAAGAAAGAUGGCCGAAAAGUGAGGAGGGCGGCAAAGAAUGAGAUCAUGAUUCUGAAAAUGGUGAAUCAUCCCAACAUCCUGCAGCUAAUCGAUACAUUUGAAACCAAGAAGGAAUUCUAUAUUAUUCAAGAACUAGCCACAGGAGGUGAUGUCUUUGACUGGAUCCUGGAGCAAGGAUAUUACUCGGAGAAAGAUGCCAGUAAUGUGAUCCGCCAGGUCCUCGAGGCCGUGGCUUAUCUGCACAACCUCCACAUUAUUCAUAGGAACUUGAAGCUGGAGAACCUCAUGUAUUACAAUCAGAAUAAUCACUCCAAAGUGGUCCUACGGGAUUUCUACUUGUCCUGUUUUGAGAGCGGAGAAAUUACAGAGCCAUGUGGGACCCCAGAAUAUCUGGCUCCAGAGGUGGUAGCACGACACAGAUAUGGUCGGCCUGUGGAUUGCUGGGCAGUCGGCGUUGUUAUGUUCAUUCUUCUUUCUGGGAACCCGCCAUUUUACGAUGAAAAUGAGGAAGAGGACAGUGAAAGUCACAACAGGAAAAUUUUCCGUAAAAUUCUGGCUGCUGAAUACGAGUUUGAUUCUCCCUAUUGGGAUGUGAUUUCGGCAUCGGCAAAAGAUCUUGUGUCCCGUUUGAUGGAGACGGAGCAGGAACAAAGAAUCACAGCUCAGGAAGCAUUAGGACACACAUGGGUUUCAGGAAAUGCUGCUUCCGAAAGGAACCUCAAAGAAGGUGUUUGUGCUCAGAUUGAGAAGAACUUUGCUAAAGCCAAAUGGAGGAAAGCCAUACGGGUCACCACAUUCAUGCAACGACUGAGAGCUCCAGAGGGCACUGCUGGGCGUCUCCCUGUCACUCCGAGAUCUUCCAUGAGUGUGUCGCAUGAGGUCACUGUGGAAGCCUGCCCUUCUUCUCCCAAACAGUCCCCUUCCCAACAUAAUAUUCCUAAGGCUGACUGGAAUCCGAACAUGACCCAGCAAACUUCUGAAUGUGAGGACCACUCAUCUGGGAAGCCAGAACACAGUGGUCCAUAGUGCCUGAUCUGUCUCUCUUCUUCCUCCAACCAAAAGGAUAACCACACAGAAAGACUAAUGACAUGCUUGCAGAACAGAAUUGACAAAUCUGGCCACAAAACACUGACUUGGAUAGUGAUGCUUACCUAGCAAAAAUAAUGUGUUGAAAGGGGAACAAGAAAGGACUAAGGUCACCGUUAAUAUUUCAGGCCUAGAUAUAGAAAGAGAGAUGAUGGGAC